AAUACGUACAAAUCAGCUGCCAAAAUAUCUAAAAAUUUGUUUUCUUUUUUGACAUUGCAUUUACUCUGAGAUGGAUAAACUAACGACAAUUAGUGCAACGCUAUUCAUGGCCGCCGAUGUGUUUGCGAUCGUGAGCCUGGCCCUGCCAGAUUGGAUAAUCACGGAGUCCGGAACUGGUGACAUCCGUCUGGGCCUCAUGUGGACCUGCAUGACUCUGUAUAACCGGCCACAGGUGUGCUACACCCCCGAUCUGCAGCCAGAGUGGCUAGUUGCCCUGAUUUGCAUAUUCAUGGGCUGCAUAUGCGUGACUACUACCGUGAUACUUCUGGCUUCUUCCUCCUGCAAUCGGAACGUGAUCUCCUACGCUCGCUGGGUGGGAUUCACAGCCAUGGUGCUGUUCUGCAUGGCGGCGGUCGUCUUCCCGCUGGGCUUCCACAUCGAGGAGAUCGGCGGGCAGGCCUACCAGCUGCCCAAUACCUUUAAGAUCGGAAUCUCCUACAUCAUGUUCGUGCUGGCCCUGUGGAUUACCGUGGUUUCGGAGCUGUUCGCCGGAAAGGUCUGCCUACCGCACUUCUAGAGGCGCGAGGACGGCAUCUCUGGCUUCCUGAUAUCGUUUGCAGUUUGCUCUGUGAUUUGUUAUACCUUCUGUUUCUCCCUGAUUUCCCUCGCCUUGGAUUCUCUAGAGUCCAAGCCCGACUCGAAGUCCCCCUAGCGUUUAAGAGCUUUUAGUUGUAGCGCUCCAAUAGAAACGACUCAUAUCUGGGAUGAGGAUAUAUGCUUGACACCUGUUUAUCCCGAAUCUCCUUAGUUCUUAAAACGAAACAAAUUUCUCAAUUUCUGACAUUAUAAAACAUCUUGUAUCCUAUCCAACCAGGAAGAUUAGAAAUAGCCGAUGAAGAUUUAUGUCACCUUUUAGAGAUUUUCACUUCCUCAGAACUCGUUCUAACCAAAUAGUACAAUUUUGUUUACAUUAAUAUGUAUAGCAAGAGCGAUAUAGCAUCCAAUUUAAAGUGUCCCUAGAUUUUAAGACCCUUACUUUAUGUUUUAUUAGUAUUCAGUUUUAUUUUUUAACAGGGUACACUCACUAAAACAUAGGCAAUCGUUAGUAAAACCUUCCUAAGCUUUCUAACACUUUUUUUAAAUGGUUGCGAUAAUUUAGAUUGGUAUAAGCUCAACUUUUAUUUAAGGUUUUAUAUUCAUGAAAUAAGGUUUUAUAUUCAUGAAAAAUAUAUAACUUAAGACUUAAACGUAAACGCCAAGCUAAUACACACAAUUUCUUGCACCUGCUUUUCAUAUUUUGGA